AUGUUUGUUAUUUCAUCUCUUUCCAGAAGUUGGUUGAAUGUAUGGGGAUCCAACUCAUCUGGUAAAGUUGGCACAUUCUCAUCUCCAUCAGCAAUAACUAUAUUAUGUAGCACUGCCGUAGCCACAAUUAUGUUCAAAAAGGUGCAACCCACCGUGAAAAGUGUACAUAGAAAUCCAGAGAUCCGCAACAUGGACAAGCACGGUACCCGCGUGUGCCUGGACUCACCUGCAAAGCGGAGCGACUUGCACCGCCCUGCCGGGUUGUACCCGUGCCAUCAUCAAGGCGGCAAUCAGUACUGGAUGUUCAGCAAGAACGGCGAGAUUCGUCGCGAUGAAGCCUGUCUUGAUUACAGCGGCCAAGAUGUGAUCCUGUACCCUUGCCAUGGCGGUAAGGGUAAUCAAUACUGGCAGUACGACCCAAACAGCAAACUGCUGAAACACAUGAGCGGCGAGAAGUGUCUCGCUGUCAACCAGCAGCACUCCAAGCUCGUAAUGGAGUACUGCGACAGAAACAAUGACAGACAGAAGUGGCUGUUGGAAAACUAUGACGCUAGAAAACUCUCAUGAUGGACAAGGAAAAAAGUGGGGAAAAUGGGUUAGUGAUAGUAAAGUGUGGGUGGUGAAGGAAUGAGUUGACAGUCAAUUUUUCAGAAUGUGUUCAAAAUAUUUCGCAUUUCUAGUAGAUGAAAAUCGUAUACGAAUGAAGUAGAACAAUUUAGCUUCAGUAUUGAAAAUUACAUAUCAUACGUAUACAUAACUCCUAAAGUCGCAAAUUGUAUAAGAUCUCGGCAACAUACAAAUUUAGUUUUGAAUUUUCGUGUUUGGUGCUUUCCACUGUUAAGCUUUGACCGCGGCACUUCUGAUAAAGCCUAUACUGUGAUGCCUGGAUCCCGUGAAGAUCUCGGCAACCAGUCGGACAGUUAUUUGUGGCGGGGCAUGAUUUUUUACGUGAUAUUGAUUUCAUGUCAUACCGGUUAUAACAAAAAUAAUGGGACAGCUCUGUAUUUUUAAGGUGUUAUGGGACAAGCCCGACAAUUUAGCGCUGUACCGAGAACAGAGGCGUAAGAGAUCAGCCGUAGCAAUGAUACAUGAUCCCGGGUUACAGGGGUCCCGAGUGUAUAAGAAAAAACUCGUAAUCUCAUUUAUAAUCUCACGCAAAUUUUUAGGCGGUACCCCAAGGUAUUAAUUCUCAAAAGCUGAAGCCUUAAAACGUAUCGCUAGAUAAUAGCUAAUAAAUGCUAUUUUUGACCCUCCAGAUUACACUUGUACAAAAAAGCCCUUCAAAAUAAAAGGUAAAGUCACCUUCAUCUGAUGGGUGAUUUUGUUAGUAAAUUUUGUGAAAAAACUAGUAUUGCUACUUUCUGCGCAUACACAUAGCCUAUUUUCAAAUUUUCCAUACUUACAAAUUCACCUUGCUAAAGAUUAAGACUUUUGAGCUCCAUACUAAUGUCUUUAACUACUCUGUAGCCUGAAGCUAUCUGGAACAACAAAUUCAAGUUUUCCGAAUGGUAUCUCACUUAAAAUUUGUUUGAUCACGUCAAAAAAGCUGCAGAACAUUGUAAAGCAUACAAGAGCAAAGCUUGGGAAUGAACUGAAGAUGUUCUGUCUUUUGCUCAUAACACUGCUGCUACUUGGAUAAUUUUCAAAUAUACACUCGUAUUACCUACUUUGAAACCGCAUCAUGUCGCUUACGAAAUUUUAUCAGAAUCGGUGCAGCUGUUUCAUAGAUUGCGAAGGUGACAUAAAAAAAUAAUAAAUAAUACUUCGUCAAUCCGUAACUACUUUAUUCAAUGCAAGCGUCUUUGUUUUUCCUGUGAAUUAUCUUGACACCGAAUGUUACCGUAAGGUAAGUGGAAAUUUGGGAUUUGUCAUAAUCAGGGAGGGUUCCCGACAAAUUUAGAUACGUCAGCAGCAAGCUACGCAAUUGACCGAGAAAACACCAAUUCACCCGGAUUAAGGAAAAGUUACUAAAGGUCUGAUCUUGAUUUUUUCCUCAGUUCAGUUUCCGCUUAAAGGUGUUGAAAAAGUAACUAUUCGUUGCUCGAGUACUCGUUACUCAUAGAUACCCGAAGUAAUGAUUAUCAAUCCUAGCAUUACUUUGAUUACUGUUUCCCGUAUCGGUACCCGGUUCGCGUAUAAUCGUUGAGCGGCAACGCUGGUUUCUGCUAUCUCAGGCAUCACUGAAGCAUUGCCGCUCAUACAUCAGGGUUACCAGACAUCUCCCGUUCGAGUGGAAACCUGGAAACUCCAAAUUUAAAAACAAUUAUCAAAUUCCGCCAAUUAAAAAAUAUAAGUGUGUACCUAUGUUAUUUACACCGUGACUCAGGUUCCCUCAUAAGAGGGAAUAAUAACAAUAAUGUUGUGAUCUUGGUAACCUGAAAAGAGAUAAGGAGCUGAUUGGAUUGGAGCAGUAUUAUGAGUCAGAAAAGCGACAAUAUGGUAACACCACCGUUCACGAACACCACAAUAAUAAAUAUUAUGUCAAUCUGAUUCGUGUUUACAUGUCCCAUAUUUUGCUAAGCAUUUAUAAUGUAUGACCACCAAUGUGUAGACUAAGCUUCACGUAGAAUUUUUUAUACUGGUACAUGCUUAAUUGAUAUGCUUCGAAAAGUUACUUCCCAUUCCGAAUUUCCCCAUAUACAGAUCAUCUUUCUAACUAAAAGACAUGCUUUUUAAGCAUUUCUAGUAAAUACAAAGUAUUUUCAGUUUUUACGCUCAUAUGAGUCCUAUGACACCCUAUCCUAUAAUAACGCGUCUCGCUUUGACUUAAGUUUGAAGAUACGAUGUUUGCAUUAGUUACACGACGCAAAUUGCCAAAUCGUUAUGCUCAUACUGCUCAUAGUAAUCAAAUUAAUAAAAGUGGCGAAUACAAUAAAUGAUUACUUUGUAGAAGAGUGACGGUAACGAAUAUUCGAAAGUAACGAGAAUCAACAACACUACUACCGCUCGUCGCGGCACGGAACCUAACAUAAAAAAUUCGGUUUGAGUGAACGAUGCAACAAUGUGCAAUAUCGAAAAGUUCGAUUUUUGUCGCACCUGCGAUUCUGCCAAAUAUGACUCCUGAAACUCCCCCUAACGUAAAAAACAUUCUUCACAGUCGUUUUGACCACGUUCGUCGGCAAUUUCGCAUUCUGAUCUAAAGAAAAUUCAGUCAUAAUGCAACAGUCCGGACAAUGUGAGAUCAAAGUCUCAAAACCAAAACCGCCGGUCAAACCACAAUCAGUAAAACUUUGGUUUGACUGCAAGUCGUACUUAUGCACAUAAAACAAAUUAUCGCACACUUUAAAUAAAUGUGUCAAAAACAUUGUUAAGCUGAAACACUAAAGUUGUAAUAGUAAUAUUCUAGGCUUGGCUGUCAACGCAGUCCUUCACAUUUUGUUGAAAUGAUAUCAAUAGAAACCUGGCUCAAGGUCAGUAGUUCAUAUAGAAAUAUUGUAAAUACUUUUUUUUUAAAAUAAGUAUAUAAUGUAAAUUGAGUUGUAUAUUAUAUGUAAAGCAUCAUUUAAUAGCCAUUGAGGCUGUGAACUUGUAUGAAUGUAUUAGUUAAAGACAACAAGGAAUAACAGGUAGAAGAAACUUGUCAUGUAUAGUCUCAGUGAAGAUUUUCUGAUCAUCAAAACAUUAUGAAACAAGUACCAUUGUAGCAGUUUGCUUAUGGAAAAUGGCUUUCGGCUAAAUUUGUUGAUAUUUCGCAUAAAUAGUUUUCAACAUAACGCUCAAUAGUCCCAAUGGGGCCAACCCCCUGACAUGCCUCUUUUACCCCAUACGGAACUCAGAAACUACCCAAGUAGGGGUUAUUAAUAUGGAAGGAUAACAUAUCUUAAAAUAAUAUUAUCAGAGAUUUAAUUUAAUUUAAUUAUCACAUUGUUGCUAGGAUUUCUCAAAUAUUGCCCAAUGGUUUUUAAAAGUCAUGAAUCUUACUUUUCACUAGGAAAAUGCACAAAUCGAAACAUCUAUUUUGAUGUAGUGCCUGAGAAUUUCAAAAACGCAACAUUUGAAGGUCAUGAUCAGGACACCCCAUCCGACCCCCUAUAAAACCCUGAAGUGGGCGUAUUGAUAGAUUAUUGUAACGUGUAACAUUGUCAGAUAAGAAUUAACACGAACUAUUGUUAAGAUUUACUCCGGAUUGGCCAGUACUGAACAUGGAUUUGACCGUGUCCGUGACCUUGAAGGUUAUGGCCCAAAUCAAGCUUAUAUGGACGGACUUUUCAGGUCCCUUCUGUCAUUGCAUAGUACAUAGACAUGUGAAAAAGUUUGAUUUCGGGGCAGCAUCAAGUCUUGGCGAGGGGGCCGGUAGUGUGGGUAACCUAGAUACUUUCAGGGGGCAUUGUCAAGACGGUUGCGCUCAGACGAGAUGACAACUUCAUUUUCAUUUUUUCUCUUAGAUCUCUUUCCUGCUUUUCCCUCUCUUAUCUCUCCUUUCUUUCCUUCUACCCUCUUCCUCUAAAACCUAAAAAGUCUGCCCGACCAGUUAAAGCAAGACCCAUUACCUCUCACUCAGUUUAAUAAGCCACAUCGCUACUUGAUUUGGGCUAUAACCUUCAAGGUCACUGUCAUGGUCAAAUCCAUGUUAACAAUUGGCCACUCUGGAAUAAAUCUUAACAACAGUACGUAUUACUUCUUCUCGGUCAACAUUACAAGUCAUAAUAAUAUCCUACAUCUAUCAUUACGCCCCAAUUGGGGCGAGAUUUUUCUGUCCAUGACCUUCAAAUGUUGCGUUUUCGAAAUGCUGAAGGACUUCAUGAUAGUAGAUGUUUCGGCUUGUCAAUUUUCCGGAUGUAACGUAAGAUAUACGACUUUUAAAAAAUUACCUGACCUUGACCAUAACCUUCAAGGUCAAAUCCAUGAUCACCAUUGGUCAGCCUUUGAGAAAUCCUAGCAACACUAUGUUUUACUUCUUCUCUGAUGAUAUUAUUUUAUGACUUAUGUUGUCCUCCUGUAUCUAUUGAUAUAACCCCUACUUGGGGGUUUCUGGGUUCCGUAUCUCUAUGCGAUAUUUCAAAAAAUUUAGCCGCUAACCGCUCUCCAUAGGGAAACUGCCUGUUUCUGUCAAAUCAAUAGUGAAUCGAAACAUUAUUUGUUGCUCAUAGCAGAUUCAGAAUAAAAUUUUGAAUUGUAAAGGAGCAGUCGGUAGUUUCCACUUGUCUGGAAAUAAAGAUCGUAGAGGCCAAUGACAAUUUUGUUAUUUCUGUUUGUCCUACUACUGUUCCAAGCUAUAAUGUACCUAUCUAUAUGGAGUAUAUGAAUUACGAGCUUUAGAGAUCGUCUUUGUAAACCUUGCGGCCAUACAUUAGUCCGUGUAUCUAUACAGUAGAUCUUUAUAACUAGUAGAUUUUUUAAAUAGUACUUCCCCAUUAAUACAUAAUGUAAAUGGUUUUCAGGUGUAUUGUUAUGGAAUUUUAUACAUUCUUUUUUAUAAAACAUAGCGUCUAUAAUGUAAUUAAUGGACUAUUAGGAUUGAUGAUCGCUAGUCAUUAUCAUAUAAAAAACCUUACUGUAGUUACAGCUGUAGCUAAAUAGCAGUCUUUUUUUCUGAUUUGGUGACUGAGUUUACAAAAUCUAUAAUCAAUCAAAUAUGUAACUUUGACUUUGAUUGAAAUAAUAAAUGCUUCCUCCAAACUGCAUUAUCGGAAUCAGAAUUUGGUUGAUUACAUUUGUCAAUCUGUUUUACAGGAUAACAAAUAGAUUUCAGUGUUACUUUUUCAAAACUUGUUUUUUAAGCUUGAUGACUCGGAGUAUCUUUAUUAUAUUUUGUAAAAAAAUGAAAGGUAAUAGGUUAUGAUAUAUUCUAUGUUCUCAUUUUUGCAACAUUUAAACAUUCCCAGUAUACAUUCUAUAAAAAUACUUACUUUAAGACUGCUGGAAAUUAUCAUUAAUCAAGCCAUGAGAAUUAAAAUUCAUAUCAUUUAUUCAGAUAUUCAUGAACCAUAUCUUAUUUUUUCUAUACAGAUGAAUAACAUAUCUUUUUACAGAAGGCUUUAUUGUGAUACAUUCGCAUUCAGAUUUAAUUGAGUUUUUUGGGAUUGACUAGAAGAUACCUUUUUAUGCUGAUAUUCUUAUCAGAUACAUGUAUGUAUAUUUGUUUGUAAAGCUCUGCUUUAUCAACAGAGCUGAUUUUACAGAGCUAUUCACAAAUUAAGGUAAAAAUCGUUUCAUUUACCAAAACAAAUCAUAAUUACAUUCAACAAAUGCAGUUGAGAAUAAUGUACCAUUCUUGAGUUUAUUGCUGUGGAUCAAUUUUAAGCAAAAAGUGGAAUAUCUGAUUUGAAAGCUUAGUAUAGCUUUUAUGUUACUUCUUACUGUCAUUAUUGAAUUUAAUUAUUACGUGCAAUAUGGGUAUCGACUGGAAAUAUAAAAGUUGUCACAAAGUUACAAUGAUGUUGAAAUAAAAUAUGAAAUUGCUUCCAACAAGUGGCAUAUGAUACUUUAUUGCUUGGUUAAAUUCCUAUCACAUGAAACGAUUGACGUAUUCACUUAAUGGCAACACUGUAAAUUUUGAUGUCAGUGUCCAUAUCAUUAAAAUUAUCACUGAAAUAAAGCACACCGUUCCCUAAAUGUGCUAAUUGUCAAGGAUACAGAAAGGAAGUAGAAAUAAUGGAAUAUAGAUGUUGUGAAGAAGUCAUUUUGGUUGGAUCUGGGAUUGUGUGAUUUGGUUUUGUCCACAACCAUUGCGAGCUUAGUCGGUUAUUAGUACGCUGCUCAUGAAUUCUCUUCAAAAAUCGGAUUAACAAAGUUUAUUUAAACUCCUCAUAGCAGCCGCGAUGCACUGGCAUUUAGAUGCCGCUGCGUCGAUGUAAAAAAAAACAACAUCUUUGUGACAACUUUUCAAUGGGAUGCUCUGAAAGUUUGUGCUUUCCUUUUCUGAAAACUGCGAUUAAAAUGACAACCCUAAGGUGGAGUGAAACAGCAGCGGAAACAUGAAAAAAAAACGAAGAAAGUACUCAUCACUUAUUUGUUGAGAAACUUCUAGUACCGACCGGUUCAGGAUGCUGCUAAAUUCGAGUCGGAGUCGUCGCCGUUCGAUUAAAAAGCUUGACGUCCUAUAUUUCACUAUACGCCCCUUCCUCCCCCUUUGGCGUUCCUGUAGACGAUCCGUGACUCUAGUUCUUUGUACGAGUUAAACAAAUGUACGCGGAACAUGAUAGGGACUUUCCAGAAACGAUUUAAUUAUAGUCGCGAAACCUCAACAGGUUCUUGAAAACACUCACUGUAAACUAACAUCAUAUCUACAAGUCAUUGCUAUGUAGAUAUGUAUUUUUUUUUCGAAUUCACUUUGUGAACAAACAACUCUCUUUACUUGCAUGACAGGUUCAACGCUGUUUUCACUUUUCGGGACGCAUGGUCGAGUUAGGAACGAUAGAUUUUUGAAAACCUAACAGCUCGGUCAAUACAUGUGUUAUAAGAAAAAAUUUGAAGGAAAGUCUCAACUUUAUGAACACCCAGUACAUGAUCUUUCUGUUCUUUUGUUUUUUCUUUGCUCAAGUGACUGUUUGUAAUUUUUGUUUUGUCCUUGUCAUAGGCGGGUGUAUUUGAGGUGAAUACAACAGGGCUAAACUUUAAACAAGAACUGACGAUUGUGACAUCUACAUGAAUAUUUUUCCAGUGUUGCUGGUGACUAUUUAAGUUGUUUGGUACCGUAGAAUAAUUGUUUGGUCAAGACAAGUUAAUCUAUGGGCAACCUUAGCCCAUGCUUCAUCAACAUAACCAAAAAAAAAUACUCUAAACAUGAAUAUGAACUAAAGUCGUGUCCACAAUCAUUCGACGUUUUUUUUAUAUUAACUUUUCAAAUACAGCGUCUAGCUAGAGCAGAAUGUAUUCUCCAUCACACUAUGUUGUACUUAAUUUUUUACCAGAUUAGAUACCUACACCCUAUUUCACGAGUAUCCAUCACGGUACAGCGAUUAUCUAGUAAUAUCUCAAAAUUCCCCAUAUCGGCACAGGACACAUAAUAUUUUUUAAUUUAAAAAAGUUAAUUUACAUACAAAAAAAACGCUACAAAGCGUGAUGGAUACUCGUGAAAUAGGGUAUAUAUUAAUGAUGUAUAUCAGUUAGGCCAGUUUAUUUUUAUAAUGUGCCUUAAUUUAUCAUGUACAUAUUAUAAUGUUGAUAAAAAAUGUUGAUAUAACCA